CGAGGAAGACAUUCCAUUGCCUAUCAUUAUGCGCAACCUGUCGGUCAUCGUCUUUUUCUUCACUUCAUUUGUGAUUCUCGUUUCGUGUUACAAUGUUCCACCGACUGGAAUUCCAGCAGUUUCAGAGGUCGACACCAUGAUUCGUCAAUGCUUCCAAACAGCAUGCAAAGAAUGGAUGGCAGAAUGUCAUUGGUAUUGUGAUUCGAUAAAAGGAGCGAGCUUCCUGCGACGAUGCAAAGACUGCCUCAGCUUCCGUGGCCAGCAAUGUAUGGAUUGUUUCGAGCUCUGAGACUCAACAACGGAAAAUGAAGUUCUAAUUUAUCUGUUUUCAAAUUUAAAAUAAUCAUCAGUGCAAUAAAUUUAUUUGAAAUCCAAA